AUGUUAAAAUACAAAAAAAAGAAUUCACAUAUGUUUAAAAAUAGCUUAUAGGGAUUUUUGAGCGGUUUAGAUGUGUUUGGACAACCUCCUGUAUUGAGAAUAUUGAAAAAAAAUAAAUUCACUACUUCAACUGGCUUCUUUUGCUCAUCAGCUAUCAUUACUAUAUGUAUACUAUAUUUAAUUUAUUAAAUCAAAUAAUUAUAUGAUCGAAAAAACCCGAUUGUUGUAUUUUCAGAGUAUUAAAUGACCGAUACUGCUGUAAGGCAAUUUAAUUAUAAAAGGCUGUUCCUUUAUUAAUGAAUAACUUUACGAUGGCUAUUUCCGUUGCUAAUAUUAGUUUAAACUCACUAACAACAUUAAAUACACAUUUUACUAUGACAGUAAAAAAUUGUCUUAGGUUAAGAGUAAUUGAUGAGCUUACAGGGAAAACGAAAAUACAACAGAAGUAUCUUUUUUCAUUUUAUUCUCUAAGUUGUACUGAAUACCCUACAGAAGCAUGCAGUGAUAAACAUUUUGUUACGGAAGUUUAAAAACAAUAUUUUUAAUCUAUCAAUUUAGGCAAUGUUUAAUGUCUUAAUUCAGAAUUAUGGUAUAAUUCGCCUCCAGUAAAUUUAUUUAAAAUAAAUCCUAGAUUUUAUAAGGUCAAAUUGCUGGUAAAACUUAUCAUUAUAUUACAAUAAUGAUUUAGGAAUGUAAGAAUUCUAGUUCAUAUAAUCUAUGUGCCCCUAAAGAAAGCAUUUAAAAAGAACUGAAAACAGGAUAUUAUGUGGUUCAUUUGUCAGAUAAUCUUUUACAAAUGAAGCAACAAGGGUAUCCGUUUUCAGAGUAUAUUUCACUUUAGUAUACAACUAUGUCAAUAGCUAAUUCAAAAACAAUUAUUCAAAAUUUAAAAGUGACCAAUGUUAUAACCGAUGAUGGACUUAUAACUGAUGAUAAGUCUGAAUCUUCUAGUUUAAUUUAAUAUACUAACCGUGAGUCGCAAGAAGAAUAUAAUGAUGAGUUCUUGAUUCUUCAUUAUAUUACUCUCGAUUAACGACAUGCUGAAUAUUCUAGAUCAUAUGCUAAGAUUUAAGCCAUCUUAAGUACAAUAGGAGGACUUUAUUAAGUUUUAUUUUUAACGUUUAGCAGUGUUCUAAGACCUUUAAUAUAAAAAUUUAUGAACUUAUAAAUGGCUAAUAAACUAUUUAGAUUUGAGAACGCCGUUGAUUGUUUUGAUGAUGAUCAACCAAUUUAAAAUAAUUUCAUUGUUUAAUCGCCUAAAUAAUAAUCAUCUUAAAGAGUAUUAGAUUUUGACAUCAAAAAAUCUUCAUUCUCAAAAUCUUUAGGCAAAUCUCUCAAGUCAAAAAAUUUUGAAAAAAUCUAAGACUCUAAAACUAUGAGUUAAUUUCUAAAGUCUAAAAAAUAGUCUUUAAAUUUAACUUUAAGAGAUAUGAUUGUUAUGAGUUUAGGAUGCAAGAAAUAAGAAUAAAUGCAAAUUUAAUAUGCAACCGAUAAAUUUAUGUCAAAAUUGGAUGUUGCUUACAUAAUAUCUAAAAUUUAUGAAAUAGACAAAUUAAAACUUGUCUUAUUAAAUGAAGAUCAAUUAUAAUUGUUUAAUUAUUUACCAAAACCUGUGAUUCCUUCUGCCUUAUUUGGAAAUGAUGCAGAAAAAAAAGUUAAAGAAAUUGAAUCAAAAAAAGCUUAUUAAUUCAUAUUACAAGAUGAAAAAUCAGAUAUUUUAAAGCUUUAAGAGGCUUUUAUGUCUUUUGCAAAAUUAAAAAAGAAAAAAGAAUUAAAUUAAAUAGAUAAAAAUAUUCUUGAAAUCUUAGAUGAAGACAUUAAAGAAUUAUUCUACACUUUAAAUAAAGAUCAAACUAAACUAGACUAAAUUUUUAAUUAAAAACUUAGUCUUAAUCUUUAAGUUUCAGAACCAGAUUAUAAAAGAUCUCAUUCAAUAGUAGAUGUUGACUAUUCAGAUGAUUAGCCAAAUUCUAUUCCAUAUUUGAGAUCUAGAUCUUGA